AUUUACAUCACCUAGACACUUCUCGCUUUCUAUUCUACUCCAAACGAGUCUAUUGAGUAUUAGGGUUUUCGGAUCUUCAAUUGUUUUCAGGGUUAAUUUUGUAUCUCCUUUCGUCAAAUUAUUUGCUCCUCAAUCAAAAUCUUAAGUUGUUUCUACAAAAUUACAAGGGCGUUGUAAUUAAUCUAGAAUGCCGCCGCGGGCGAUGAAGAAAACAGCCGGGCCAAAGAAAACAACCGGUAGGCCAGCUAGAGGAGCUGCAGCAAAACAGAAGGUUAAUAAAGAAGAAAGUGUGAAAAUUGAAGAAGUGAAGGAGGAAGAGAUGAAGGUUAUUGAAACCGUACAAUUUGAAGAACCUGUACCCGAGCCUGAACCCGAACCUGAAUUGAAACGGGAAGCUAAUGGAUCUUCCGAUAUUAAAGAGGAAGAUGAUGUCAAAGAGACAUUUUAUGAGGAAGACAGAGGUGAACGUUUAGAGCUGGAGGAUAAUGAUGCAGAGUAUGAGCCCGAAGAAGAUGUUCCUCUGGAUUAUGAUGAGAAGGAAAUCGAACAUGAAGAUGAUCCAGAGGAAGGAGAUGGGGUUGAGGAAGAGCCCGAGGAGGGCGAUUUAGGCGAACAUGAAGAAGGUGAUAUGGUUGUGGAUGAAAUGGAAGAAGUUGCUGAGGAGGUUGAAGGGGAAGAGGGUGAAGAGAAUAUUGAGGAGGGGCAUCACCACAUGGCUGAAGGUGAAGAUGAGGAGCACCAUGAAGUUGCUAGGGAGAGGCGCAAGCGCAAGGAGUUUGAAAUAUUUGUUGGAGGCUUGGACAAGGAUGCAACUGAUGAGGAUUUAAAAAAAGUCUUCAAUGCAGUAGGUGAGGUUAUUGAAGUAAGGUUAAUGAUGAAUCCCCAGACUAAGAAAAAUAAAGGUUUUGCUUUCCUACGUUUUGCCACUGUAGAACAAGCAAAACGAGCUGUAACAGAGAUGAAGAGCCCAGUGGUUAAUGGAAAACAAUGUGGUGUUACUCCGUGUCAAGACAGUGACACUCUUUUUCUGGGCAACGUAUGCAAGACUUGGACAAAAGAAGCUUUAAAAGAGAAGUUGAAAUAUUAUGGGAUUGACAGUAUUGACGACUUGACGCUGGUUGAAGAUAAAAGAGAGGGAAGGAAUCGUGGGUUUGCUUUUCUGGACUUUGUGUCCCAUUCGGAGGCAGUGGAGGCCUAUAAGCGUUUGCUGAAGAAAAAAGCUGUCUUUGGAGUUGAUAGAAUUGCAAAGGUUGCUUUUGCAGACUCUUUCAUUCAGCCUGAUGAUGCAAUCAUGGCACAGGUUAAAACGGUGUUUGUGGACGGUCUGCCUGCCUCAUGGAAUGAGGACCGUGUCAAAGAGCAUCUCAAGAAAUUUGGGGAGAUUGAAAAGAUAGAACUUGCUAGAAAUAUGCCAUCAGCCAAAAGGAAGGAUUUCGGUUUUAUAUCUUUUUGUGCCCAUGAUGAGGCAGUAGCAUGUGCUGAAGGCAUUAACAAUUCAGAAUUGGGAGAGGGGGAAAACAAGGUAAUGGUUAGGGCAAGAUUAUCUCGACCCCAUCAGAGAGGUAGAGGGAAGCAUCCUCAUGGAGAUUUUCAGCCCGGAAGAGGGAUUCCUUAUCCUAGUAGGGGUGGUUCUUGGAUACGUCCUGGACGUAGUUUGCAAGGUGGUAUUGGAGACAGAAUGCCGCCACCUCGUAGUCGUGGAUUCAAGUCACCCAUCAGAGGUAGACGCCCUGUUAUGGAUAUGCCAGAAAGAGUCAGGCCUUUGCCGCCCCCAGUGAGGUCCUACACAAGGAGACCAAUCCCUUCAUACACCAAGAGCAGUUCAAAGAGAGACUAUGGUCGAAGGGAUGAGCUUCCUCCAAGAAGCAGAAUCAUAGAUUACAGUUCUAGAGCCCCUGUGGAGAGGCGAUCGUUUUAUAGAGAUGAUUAUUCUCCUCCACGAGGAUCUGGCUAUGCCGAUGAAAUCCCACCACGAAUUGCUGCUCGUACUGCUGCUAGGAGAGGUUAUAUAGAUGAAAGUUAUGAGCGGAGAUUUGAAAGACCUCCUCCAAGUUACCGUGAUGCUCGGUCUCGUGACUAUGAAUCUGUUUCAGGGUCUAAACGCCAAUAUUCUGCAUUGGAGGAUGUUCCUCCACGUUAUGCUGAUGCUGGUCCGCGCCAAAGGGCUCGGCUAGAUUAUGGGGAAGGUGGCAGUGCUUCUCAUUACGGGGAAGCUUACAAUGACAGGCUUGGGAGAUCUCACCUGGGGUAUGGUGCUAGCAGAAGUUCUCUCUCUGCUCAGGACUCGCAUGGGAUUUAUGGCAGUCGUCAGAGUCUGGGUUAUAGUGGAGGUUCUUAUGGCGGCAAUGAUGUCAGUGGAAUGUACACCAGCUACGCUGGUGAUUACAUCUCUCGUGGACCUUAUGUUGGCAGUAGCUCUUACUCGUCAUCACUAUAUUCCAGUCGCAGCUUGGGUGGUAGCAGUUACCUUGGAGGUGGUGGUAGUAGUAGUGGUUCUGGAUCAUAUUAUUAAGGUAAGUCGAUCUAUCCGCAAAAUCAGUAGUUUGUUUUGUGGAUUGGUACCUAAACCUUAGCCGAUUUAGUAACAUUGGAAAAGAAACCUAAGAGCUCAAGAUUUUUCCUUGUCUUAUAUAUAUUUCGUGAUGAUUAUGUUUGGUGGUAUAAGACGGUGCUCCUUUGUAGCAGUCCGACUGAUCACGGCAGUAUAGAAGAGCUAUUUGGUCACUUAAAUUUGUGUAUGACAACAGAUUUUUACAAGAGGACGCUGUAGGGCGUAGGCUGUUGAGUUAUUUGAAGCUUGUGCGUAUGAGAUACCUACACUGUUGGAAAGAGAGAAUCGUGUAUAACCUAAGUGCAUAUGACCAGUUAAGUUCUGGAGGGAGAAAAGAUUUGUGUUCUUAAGUACACUGAAGCCCAAUAUAUUGGCCAAGCUAAAGAUGAGAGAACCACAUUUUCCCUUGUGUGCGUGCUACAAUGGAACUUCUUCAAUUUGGAGGAUUACUAGAAAGCCUAGUUUCUGUGGUAUGUUUGACAUGAAUAUUUAUUUCUCACCUCAAAGGUACCUGUCAUUUGAUGGACAAAGACGUUGUAUGCAGUUAUGAAAGAGCAAAAUAUUUGAUCUAAUCGUGAAAGAAUGAGGUGGUUGGAAUGUGAAUACAUAAGUACUAUUAAUUUUUUGUUGCUGAAAUUCCUUGGUUAAGUUGUAUAAUGGAGCAUGUUAUUGGUUUUUGCUGGAAUGGAAGUUUUCCUUUAUACCUCUA